AUGGCAUCGCAAAUGUCAUGGGAUCACCAACAUUUGGCUUCUCCACAUGUCCCGAGCCCCAGCCCGUCCCCCUCAGGAUCAUUGAAGGGCCUCUUGAGCAGGACGCUCAGUCGUGGCCGAGCUACUCAGCCUGUGCACCCUCGGAAGCCGAAGUCCAGACCCUCCAGUCCCAAGUCGCCAGACUGCCUUCGCGAGCCAGCGUCUACAACAGCGACGACACGAGCGCGAAGUACAACAUGGUCAGGUCACAGCCGCAACAAAUCACAUAAAGCGAGUAAAUGCUCCCCGGGCAGGGCCUCCUCGGCAAAGAAUCCUCCUCCCUUUGCAGAAGCGUUCAGGCACGCCAUCUUACAUGCUAAGCUUGAGACUCCUGUGGCGACAGGCACUUCGAAAGCCAGCAAGGGUGCUGCUCUGUCCCCUGCACUAGCAGUCGACGUCGUUGCCUCGCCACGUCAAGGAGUCGGCCGGGGAAGCCGCUCAAACUCAGCUAGCCAUACACUGGUGACCAAGCUCUUCAUUCUAACAGAUGAUGCUUGCAUUCUGCAGUAUCUGUGUGAUGGACCGUCAAACAGGACACCCGAGAAAGUCCUCGAACUUGGACCUCAGUCUAUUUCCGUGGCAAGCGACGCGAUAGUAGGCAAGCACUGGGUCCUGAAUGUCGUCUAUAAUGGCAGUGACGCUUCAGCCCCGUCAAACGAGUCGCUGAAGCCAUCGCGACCGAGGCUCUUUUCUCGAUUGUCAUCCGAGGCCAAGAAACAGACUCGAGAAAUGCUCCUUGUCUUCGAGAAUGACUGCAAAUUCAAUCAGUGGCUCAUAUGUGUCCGCAAAGAGAUUGAAGCAUUGGGAGGUCUUGAGUAUCGCCCUGACUCGCGCGGUGUAGUCUCAAUGCUCGAAACGACGCCCGCUGCCACCAAUGAUAUUGGAUCCGGUCACUGUAGGUCAGCGCCUUUUAUCCCACCAGCAGCGGUCACGCCCAGCAGCAGGGAUUAUCAUGCAUCAGACGACGUGACCAUGUCACCACAAUCUACAACUCGCUCUUCUGUUGGCACCACUACCGAUCUCGACAGGCUGCGCGACUCAUGUUUGCUAGAUAACAGAUCCUUCAACAGUGGAACUGGGUCGAGCUACGCCGACUCGAUCCAAGAGCAGAUCAUACCGGACAUCAACAUUGUGCUGACGGACGCCACUCAAUUCGAGGCCCCGAAUGCAGCCUCUCCAGCUGGCCGUCGGAAGAAGCCACAGCCCAUCAUUGUGUUGCCGAGACCAAGGAGACGCUCAGCGUCCUGCUCUCCGGGCCUGGCGUCGCCAUCUUUUCCCCGAACGCCUACACUGGCAACCGACGCAGUACAUACCAUGGCAGGUGCCUUUGACAAGCCUGCAUCACCGGUGACCCCUGUCAGUCCUGGAAGACAUGACCUCACUCCUUUCUCAUUUAUGGAGAAAUUUCAGUUCACACCGUAUACGGGUGCAGAGCGUCUGCCUUUUUCUUCAAGCUCCAGUACUUCGAGGUCCACAUCGAUGGAACGAACUCUACGGGAAUUCGACCAGAGAUCAACUCCUGCAUUGCAAUACCAGGCAGAGUUUGAUCGUUUUGCAGGCGAUACAGACAUGGCCCCCCACGAAAGACCAGAGCGGCCUUCACUGUCUCGGCUACCGUCCGCAGCUCCGCCGCCAUAUAGUCUCGCACCACAGAGAAAAUCGUCUCUGAUCUUUCGGGAUAAAUCGGUCUCGCGAGCCCGCUCGGUGGGCAAUCUUAUGGGUCUCGGUAUCAGUGGACAGACAGGUACAGACCUCACUGCCCGCGCGACGAAUGGCCACCGCGAUUUUUCCACCUCAGCCGAGACAGUGACUUUGCUCGGAUCUGAUGCUGGAAAUCCCACUACUUCGAAAUCUGUGAAGGAAGAAGCCAACUCUUGCUUUGGCGGCGAAGGGUCUAUGGUCACGGGAGAGUCUCUAGCGCUUGGGUUGGAUGCCGAUGCUGAAGUCAGUAACGAGAGUAAGGGCUUGCCGGCUGAAAGCACGGAAGGGCUGACACAGCAACGGCGAGCGAACCAAUGCCCAGAAAUGAGCCGCCAGAAGAGUAUGCCGAAUCUCAUCUGCAGGUCGCAGCCUCCAAUUGCUCCCCCACCAAGUGGUCCGUUACCUGCCAUACCCUCCCAGACGUCAGCUUCGAGGCAAAACCAGCGAGGGCGGUCUGUGAGUCCCCCCCUAGAGACAACUAGCCAUGGGUUCGGCCCACGCCACCUUCGGUCAACCACGAUGGACUCUCCACGCGCACAGAGAAUUUCGCCUCUUAGCUCAAAUCCUGUAUCCCCGGCGGAGAUAAAAUUCGCCCACCGACUGUCAACCGUCAACGGCUUUGCGCCGGUCGCCGCCAACCCGUCUUUGUCUGCGACAGAAAUGCCACGCGAGCGGAAAGCUAGCAUCACCAAGGGCCCUCCUCCCUCGACAUGGGAGAUCUGGAAGAAAUCGCCCAAGAUUGCGUCCGCACCAUCGUCCAGAAGGAGCAGUCUGUGGACCACCACUCCGCCAGUUGCUCAGAAAGCGGCCCCGGUGCCUAGUAUCGACGCCUUGUUGCAGAAGCCUCUACCGGUGGAGUCCGACCAUAUCGCGCACGACUCGGCGGAAGAAACGCGCGAGGCGAGUACCAUCGAAAUUAAUGGUUUCAAGUUCCCUGUUGCCAUUUGA